CGUGCAUUAAUAGGGUUGUUCAAGUGUAGCCAUGGCCACAGCUGGUACCACAUACAGAUAACGCUAUCGUAGUGCAGCCAUGGCCAUGAAAACAGAGCUCCUCCGUUUGCUACCUCUGCUGCUCCUGCUCCUUCCGUCUCCCCUCCGCGAUUACCUGUGGACUGAUGAAGCCGCCAGCUGCAGAGUCGGUCAAGGCCAGCUCCAAGUCUACCACCCGAUAAUCUUGUUCCCUGGCAUAAGUUGCCCCAACCUGGAAGCCCGGCUCACUGACGCCUACACCCCGUCGGUGCCGCGCUGCGGCGCACUCAAGGGGAAGGGAUGGUUCCCUCUCUGGAACAACACCUGGGACGUGCUCGACCAUGAUUACCUUCCGUGCUUACAGGAGCAGAUGAGCCCUGUGUACGACCCCAUCCUCAAUGACUUUCGGAACAGGCCUGGCGUCGAGACGCGCGUGCCGGACUUCGGCUCCUCCUACGGUUUCACCUCAAAGGGCGAAGUGGACGGACGUAACUUAUUUUGCAUGUCAAAACUCAUUCAAGAACUGGAGGCAGUAGGGUAUCGUGACCGCGAUACCCUUUUCGGAGCUCCUUAUGACUUACGGCAUGCUCCACCUUCACCCGGCCAGCCAUCUCAGGUGUACACCGACUACUUUGCCCGUGUCAAGGAUUUGGUGCAGCACGCAAGCGAAAAAAAUGGGAACAAGCCCAUCAUCCUCGUCGGGCACAGCUUCGGAGGAAAGGCAGCCCUUGACUUCGUCAAUUGGACUCCCCUUCCAUGGAGGAAAGAAUUCAUCAAACACAUGGUCCUAAUCGCGCCCACACCUCCUACUGGCUUUGUGCAGGUGCUCAUGAACCUCGUCUCGGGUCCGUCAGCCAUUCUUAUACCGACGGUAACGUCGCUAGAUUUGCGUCCAAUGUGGAGAACUUUCGCGAGUUCCCUUGUAUCCUUACCGUCUACUAGGGUUUUUGCUCACGAGCCGCUUGUAGUCACCAAACAUACGAACUACUCGGCGUAUGACUACAGAGAUUUGCUCAUGGCACUCGGUUUCGGCACUAACAUCAUAAAACGGGUACUUCAUAUGAAGCAAAAGGUUGAUGCUCCAUUGGUGCCAACGACAUACCUCAAUGGUGUGGGUAUCCAAACAAUAAAUCAGGCAGUAUACCGGGAUAGUAACUUUGAUGUGGAGCCGGAGUAUGUAUAUGGCGAUGGUGACGAUAUCAUCAACUUAGUUAGCUUGUUGACAUUCGUGGAAGAUAUGAGAAGGCAGCAACAUCGGAGUAACAUACACUUCAAGUUCAUCAAGAUUGCUCAUACUAACCACUCUCACAUUCUAAUUCAGGAACGUUCACUCAAGAGAGUUAUGGCUGAAAUUCUAGAAGCUAAUUGCAGAAGAGACAUCAUGUCAUAGUUUUGUGUUUCCGUUCAUAUAAAAAAUGUCGUAUUCUCGUUGGAGAAGCUGGCAUUGUUGUGGAAUAAAAGUAUUAUGUAAGGAUAUUCUAUAAAUUGAAUAAGAACCAAGGCCUUGGUUACUAUACAAACAUCCCUCGUCGUACAUGGUUAGGACAAAGAGCAUGUGCAGUUUGGACACUCACACCCAAAAAGAAGAGGUAGACCAAAAAUGCUUGCCCGUUUUCCGUGUGUAUCAGGUUGGGAAAUAUCUGCUGCACUGGGCCAAUUGGUGCUACAAGUGCGCCCAUUUUGAUUUAGCUAUUUUAGUCAUGAGGGUUGAAAGAACAAUUAU